ACACACACACACACACACACACACACACCGUGGUGGUGGUGUUUCUUGUUUGUCUUCAUCAGUCUUAUCAUGGAGGUCCGAAGAGUCUGCAGCAUUUUGAGUAUGUUAUCUGUUCUUGGAGCGCUGGGCUCCGGAGACGACGGCUGGUCGAUGACGGUGCAGCCGGAGGUCCGGGCCCUGGAAGGUUACCCCGUGGUGCUGCCCUGCACCUUCAGCCACCCGCAGCACUCCCAGCAUACAUCUCUGCAGCUGCUGUGGCGUCUGGGCCACGGGCAGGGCGCCUCCAUCCUGUUCCGCUGCACCAGCCGGACAGGGGCCCCCAGCUGCGAGCCGGGCCCCCAGCAGGACCAGCGGUACCGGCUGGAGGGGAACCCGCGGGAGCACGACCUGUCGCUGAGGAUCAACAGCGCCGCCCUGCAGGACAGCGGGCGCUACUACUGCCGGGUGGAGGUGCAGGGCCGGGACCACGUCAGCUUCGAGGACAAGAUAGGGACCCGGCUCAGAGUGGAGGCUCCUCCUAAGAUCCUCUCUCUGUGGGCGGAGGGCAGCGAGCAGUCUGGGUUCACCGCCCUGUGUCGGGUGCAGGGUUCCCCGCCGCCGGACGUCCAGUGGCUGGGUACCGAGGGGUCCAUGCUGGAGGGGUCCAUGCUGGAGGGGGCCAUGCUGGAGGGGGCCCACCUCCUGGCUCAAGGCUCCAGGGAGAGUUUCCACACGGUGAGCCAGCUGAGGGACGUGUCUCCGGGGCAGCAGUACACCUGCAGCGCCUCAAAUCCUCUGGGCAAGGACAAGGCCGUCCUGUACGUGCUGCCCCCCCGACCCCAUGUGGGCGGGCUCUCUACUCCCCUGCUGCUCCUGCUGUCCCUGCCUCUGGGGGCCAAGGUGCUCCUCCUCCUCCUGCUGGGGGGGGUGUGGGCGGUGCAUGGCGUCCGCUGCUGGAGGAAGUAACCUGCUCUUGUUUUAAAUUGAAAAUGUUUAACCCCUCCUAUCGUGCUCGUUUAUCCGCCUUUACUGUAGUUCUCUCACAAUGCAUUUUAAGAAAAUAAUCACAAAGCAUACAGAACGCAAUAAACACAUCUAGGUACAUAGAUUAACUACGGAACAGUUGACAAAUAAAAUAAUAAAAAUAUUACAAAUAAAAGAAUGUAUACAUUAAUUAACUUCAUUAUAUUGUGCUAUACUUGACCACAUUUUAUUUAACUCCCUUUUAAGUUGUAAACAAUGACUCAUAAUACUGGUUCACAUGAAUAACUGCAGUGAAUAGACACUGAAAAUGUAUUCAAAAAUGUACAUUGUAUCGAUUUCGAUACAGGGUUACCCAUUAAUUUCUGUUGGGAACAUCCUGAGUGUCCUCUUCCAACAUGAGAGUAGCAUGCUAACAAAGUAUCAACUGGAGCUGUGAACAUGACAGGAUGUGUGAUUACCUAGAAGAGCAUCAGGACUGUUUGAGGCAUAUGAUAGCUAUGUGAUUAACAUGAUGAUUCAGCCUCUAUGGA